UUCCGUACACAUACAAUCGCUAAUUGCCCCCGUCGCUUCCUAAGCGUCACGCUGACGGAGCCUGAAGUUGACUUCCUCAUUCUUCAUAAUGCUAAUGGCUUCUCUAGACAAAGGCACCGAACCAAAAAAGAAACACUCAGACAAAGCAAAGUCAAGUACAAGAUCUCAAAAAACAUCAAAAAACACGAUCCGAAGAAAUUUGAAAAAAAGUUAUUGAAAUCCAUCAGUCCGGAAAAGGUUACAAAUUCAUUUUCAAGACUGUGAAGCUUUGGCAAACCACUUUCAGGGCCAUUAUCCACAAAUGGUUCUCCAUUCUCCAACUUAGAACAUUGGCAAACAUUCCCAGGAGUGGUCGACCAGCAAAAAUUACCCAAAGAGUUCGACGACGACUCAUCCAGGAGGUUGCGAAAGAACCGAGAACAACACCCGAAGAACUCCAGAGUCGGAAUGCACCCCUAUUCUUCCUCUGAGAGAACCUCCAUGGAGCUGAGCUUAUGGCUGAACAGCUCCGAGGCGAACUUCUCGCGGGGGGGACGCGACAACGGCGAGGGGGAGCAGCGGCAACGGUGGGAGGUGAGCGAGAAGGAGGAUGGCGAGCAGCAUCCCUUUCUUACCGACGCCUGGCUGGUACCCCUCUUCUUCUCCCUCAUCAUGCUGGUGGGCUUGGUGGGCAACUCUUUGGUUAUCUACGUCAUCUCCAAGCACAGGCAGAUGAGGACGGCCACCAACUUUUACAUAGCAAACCUGGCCGCCACCGACAUCAUCUUCCUGGUGUGUUGCGUUCCCUUCACGGCCACCCUCUACCCGCUGCCCAGUUGGAUUUUUGGCAACUUCAUGUGCAAAUUUGUGGCCUUCUUGCAGCAGGUGACCGUCCAAGCCACCUGCAUCACACUGACUGCAAUGAGUGGCGAUCGCUGCUACAUCACGGUCUACCCGUUAAAAUCCCUCCGGCACCGCACCCCCAGAGUGGCCAUGAUUGUCAGCGUCUGCAUUUGGAUCGGCUCUCUCAUCCUGUCUACGCCGAUCCUCAUGUACCAGCGUAUCGAGGAGGGGUACUGGUACGGUCCCAGGCAGUACUGCAUGGAGAGGUUCCCCUCCAAGACUCACGAGAGGGCCUUCAUCCUCUACCAGUUUAUCGCUGCCUACCUGUUGCCCGUCCUCACCAUUUCCUUCUGCUACAGUAUGAUGGUGAAGAGGGUCGGUCAACCAACCGUGGAGCCAGGAGACAACAACUACCAGGUCAACCUGCUGUCUGAGAGAACCAUCAGCAUCAGAAGGAAGGUCUCCAAGAUGGUGGUCGUUAUUGUCCUGCUAUUUGCCCUAUGCUGGGGUCCCAUCCAGAUCUUUGUCCUCUUUCAGUCCUUCUAUCCUAAUUUUCGGGCAACGUAUGCCACGUAUAAGAUCAAGACGUGGGCAAACUGCAUGUCUUAUGCCAACUCCUCGGUCAACCCCAUUGUUUACGGCUUCAUGGGCGCCAGUUUCCAGAAGUCUUUCAGGAAGACCUUUCCCUUCCUGUACAGACACAAAGUCAGGGACAGCAGCAUGGCCUCCAGGACGGCCAACGCCGAGAUCAAGUUUGUCCCGGCGGAGGAAGGCAACAACAAUCACGACGCAAAUUGAGGGAAUUCAAAAAGGACAACCGGCUUCUUUCCAACUGAGAGAUAACAGCUCUGAAAGCCAAACGGAACAAUGUUAUGAAUGCGAAGGACACUGAAAUCAUUUGCGCACUUUGUUUCCCUGCCAAUCUCGACAGUGUUGGCCCAUCUGGAACGCCACUUGGCAACUUAACGGAGAUUCAUGGUUGACUUUUUGGAUAUAAAGGAGAUUUUGAAAUUUGGAUAACCGGCCCAAAUUUAAGCAUUUCCCCUUUUCCAUUCCGCCAUUAUGAUGGCGCCCCCUGAGUGGCUGCCUCUCCAGCAGCGCAUAUCUUAACUUAACUUUCCAGCCAAGGUCAUUCUAUGCCCAGUUAUCAAAUCUUGUGUGGUGGGGGAGCGCCGACUCAUUUUCUAUCCCUUGAUAUGCACAGAAAAUUGUAAAAGUUUCACACAUUCAAUGUUUACGCUUGAAAACCCUGAUACCUUAUGUACAAUUACACAAGUACAUUUUAAGGGGGUCGUCGAAGUCUGAAUAUGUCUUUUGAGCAAGCCAUUCUGCUGUGAUGUCACAGUCGAGCUAAUUUACAUUGGCAGUUUCCUCAAACCGGGGGCCAAUUUCUUUUGUUGCUCGCGACUGAGGAGCUGGCAAGCUGCGUCGAAGUCAUUUGAAUGUGAAAGCCAAACGCCAUGCAAAGCUACAGCUACAUUGUAUAACUUCAUCCAUUUACUCAAUCGCAAUCACGAGCAUACAGUCGUGACAAAAAAAAAAAGCUCAACAUGACCUAAGUCGGGGAAGAGACCGUGCUUAUUUGCAUGAGACAGG